AGAUUCAUAAAGAGCGUUACAGUUCCCCGCCGCGGCGUCGAUUGCCACCAUCACCAUCAUCACCUUAUAUACCACACUGACACCAUAGAUACCCUGUGCCCCACCUCGACCCACUAAAUUCUCAGUGCUCCUAUCCUGUGCCAAUCGCAAAAAUGCAGUUCAGGAGUGCUUGCGUCACCGCGCUCGCCUCUGUGUUGCUCCAAUUCCGCGCGGCCGGCAUUGUUCCACAAUCCAUCCCAGAGGAAAGAUUUCAGCUAUCCAGCAUUCUGAGCCUAAAGUACCCCGACACGGGCGAUGUGGCUCUCGGCGCAACGACUACGAGAAACGCGACACUGCAGGAGCCUUCCUGGACGCUGAACUACACCGAGGCUGUGGACGAUGCUGAUCCUUUUGCGAGCGGUCUGUAUACCACUGUCAUGGUCGACUUUGGAGCCCCUGGAGUAGGCUUUCCGGAUGGAGGCCAGGUCCGCCAUUACCUUGCUAACAACAACUCUCUGGUUGUAAGUGGUAUGAGCGGCACUUUGAUGCGCACGGGACAAGCCAUCACUAGCUACAAUGCGCCAAAUCCUCCGGCCGGCUCAGGACCUCACCGAUAUGCGCAGCUGGUCGUUGAGCAGCCCAAAGGCUGGGUCGCACCUGCCAACUUCUCUGCAGUGAUGCCGCUCGCUCGAGGAUUCCAGGUGGAGCAGUACUUGAAUUACUCUCGACUCGGUUCCAUCAUUGCUGCGACUUACUACAUUGUAGAGGGAGCGCCACCCACCAACGUAUCGGUGAGCGCCACUUCGACAGUACCUACCGCCACUGUAGAAGCGGUCGCUUCUUCCGUUAGUGCUAGUCUUGCCAGUGCCUAUGCCAGCUCCACGGAUAGAGCCGGCACAUUUACGCCGACUCCUACCGGCGACCACUCGGAUGCUGCCGUGGCCAGGCUGUCUAGCCCUAUCCUGGCCUCGGUCGCGACAUGUCUCUGCGUCUCCAUGCUUGCAGCCUUUGCGACCCUCUGAGCUCCUUUGCCAAAGCAGUGCCCCUCCGCCAUCAAGUCUCUGGUCGAAAAGCAGCUGGUCCAAUUUUCACGGACUCAUCGAAACUCCGAUAAACCAAAAAAAGAGAGAGAAAGGAAUCCAAACUCCAAAAUCGCUCAUGAUACGUUCUGACUCGUUGGCUCGCCAUUGCGAGUUCAUCUACCCCUGCGCAGCUCUUCUCGAAUACGCAAGUUACCCCUGUUACCCUGAUUUCUUCGUCUGACUGUAGGACUGGCCAGACAUGUGGACAACUGCUCCGGCUAGGGAGGAAGGUCUCCUCUUUCGCUAACUCCUAUAGCCCCUUUGCACCGCGAUACCCCGUCAUCGUUGUUGGACGCAAUGUAUAUCGCCGCCCCUUUGUAGCAAUUAGACAAGUUUAUGGUCGACCAGGUCCCC